AUUUUUUAGCUGGUGUUAGCAACGGAGCUAAGUGUUACUGCUGGCACGUUCAUCGCCAUUUUGCGAAUUCGUCAGCGUACGACUUUGACCAAGAGCAAGCUGGUGGUAAAUUCUGCAGCAUGGCAGAGGCAGAUCGACCAGGGAAGCUCUUCAUCGGUGGUCUGAACACUGAGACCACUGAGAAGGCCUUGGAGCAGUACUUCAGCAAAUAUGGCAGGAUAGUCGAAGUUAUUUUGAUGAAAGACCGUGAAACCAACAAAUCCAGGGGAUUUGCAUUUGUCACUUUUGAAAGUCCGGCUGAUGCAAAGGAUGCCGCACGUGAGAUGAAUGGAAAGUCACUUGAUGGCAAGGCUAUCAAAGUGGAGCAAGCUACAAAGCCCCAGUUUGAGAGUGGAGGCAGGCGAGGACCCCCACCCAUGUACUCACGCAGUCGUGGUCCGCCCAGAGGCUCCCGUGGAUCAAGGGGAGGUCCUGGCGGUAUGAGGGGCCCACCAUCCAGAGACUACUAUGAUAAUUCAGGAAAUGGAGAAUCAUUCUUUAAAGGGAUUUCAUCCCGAGGCCCCCCUCCAAUGAAAAGAGGACCCCCAGUACGUAAUGGAGGACCCCCAGCGAAGAGGUCGGCCCCAUCUGGUCCUAUGAGCAGGGCACCCAUGUCAAGGGACAGAGAUCCUUAUGGUCCACCACCUCGCAGAGACUCCAUGAUGUCCAGGAGAGAUGAUUAUCCAUCACCACGAGAUGACCAUUACAACUCUAAAGACAGCUACUCCAGCCGGGAUUAUAAUUCCAGAGAUUCAAGGGAUUAUGGACCUCCCCCCAGAGAUUACUCAUACAGAGAAUAUUCUAAUUCCAAUUCCCGAGAUGACUAUGGCUCAAUGUCAAGAGGAUACAGUGAUCGUGAUAAUUAUGGGGGAGGCCGUGAACCAAGAAGCUAUAUUGAUCGCCCUAGUGGUGGCUCCUACCGUGAUUCAUAUGAUGGUUAUGGUAACUCUCGCAGCGCCCCACCUUCACGGGGCCCCCCACCAUCCUAUGGUGGGAGCAGUGGAAGCAGUCGUUAUGAUGACUAUGGCAGCAGUUCCCGGGAUGGCUAUGGCAGUCGUGACAGUUACCCCAGCAGUCGGAGUGAACCAUACCCACCUAGCCGUGGUGAGCGAAUGGGCAGGCAGGAUAGGGGCCCAGCUCCCCCUGUUGAGAGAGGCUACCCUCCUCGCGAUUCAUACAGCAGCUCAAGCCGUGGAGGGCCACGAGGUGGCCGUGGGGGCAAUCGAGCUGAUAGAGGAAUGGCUCGCAGCAGAUACUGAACUGACCAUGGAAAUUGAACUAAAGCAAAUGAUAGUCUCCGUGUACAGUAAACAUGCAUUGGAAGAAAUCUGACGAGACAAACUAGCCAUGUCUAAAUCUGUGGAAUAUGAACCGUAGCUUUGAACUGUAUCUUGACUUUUCCAAUUUUUUAUGUGUAAACCUUUUUUUUUUAAGUAUUUUCUUGCUCAUGUAACAGUACAGUUACCAAGUGAGUGUUUUGUACAUUCAGUGCUGUUGGUAUCUGCAAUGCCCUAUAAGCCUGGCUACUCUAAUAAAGCUUUUAGUUGUACUUUGAA